AUGGAGAGAAUCCGUAACGACGUGUCUUCUCUCCAGUCUACCAUCUCCAAGAUCAGACCUCCACAAGAGUUUUUCGACUUCAGAAGACUCUCCAAGCCCGCUAACUUUGGCGAGAUCCAGUCUAGAGUGGGUUACAAUUUGGGCUACUUCCAGGGUAAUUACAUCGCCGUUGUUUCCUUGUUGAGUGUGUACGCUUUGGUGACCAACUUGUUGUUGUUGUUUGUCAUUUUGGUUGUUGCUGGUGGUGUGUUCGGAAUCUCCAAGUUGGACGGCCAAGAUUUGGUUUUGCCUGUGGGCAGAUUCAACACCUCGCAGUUGUACACUGGUUUGUUGAUUGUUGCCGUUCCUUUAGGGUUCUUGGCUAGUCCCAUCUCGACCAUGAUGUGGUUGAUUGGAUCUUCUGCCGUGUCUGUGUUGUCACAUGCAUCGUUCAUGGAAAAGCCCAUCGAGACUGUUUUCGAGGAGGAGGUGUAA